GCGCGCGCGCCUCGUCAAAGCAUUCGCGCCAGUCACAACUAAAGCAGUUUCCAGAGUGAGGUUCUUCUACCUGGUUGACCUGUUGAAACUACUUUAAAUCUUAUUUUCUAGCUAAACCACCUUCAUAGAGCCAUGGCAAACCUUUCAGCGGGGGCGAUAGAGGCUUUAGCAAAUGGUAGCGGUUGGAACGAGGCAGUGCUUCAGUUGGUGAAUAUACGCAGACUUGAUGGUGGAAAUGGGCCCGCUCGCUUUAGGGUGAUGAUGAGCGAUGGACGACACACACUUUCAUCCUUUAUGCUCUCAACUCAGCUAAACUACAUGGCUGAGGAAAACAUUCUGGUUCCAAACUGUGUGUGCCUCCUGAAGAGGCAGGUGACAAAUAUGCUCAAAGAUGGACGACGAGUGGUCAUCAUUUUAGAAAUUCAGGUCCUGAAGCCUGCUGAAGAGGUUGGUGGUAAAAUCGGAGACCCUACACCUUACUCUGAUGGUCAGAGUAAAGGGCAGCAGCCAGCUCCAGCCCCAGCUCCAGCUCCGGUGCCUGAAACCAGACAGCCACUGCAGCAGCAAAAUAGAAAUGAAGUGAACAGGAAUUUAAAUCGAGACUUCAUGAAGAAGGUUCCCUCUGCUUUGCCUGAUACUCCAGGGGGUGGCUCCAAAGUUGUCCCCAUCGCUAGUCUCAACCCUUACCAGUCCAAGUGGACAAUCCGUGCUCGUGUAACCAACAAGAGCUCCAUUCGUACGUGGAGCAACGCUCGCGGCGAAGGAAAGCUCUUCUCGAUGGAGAUGGUAGAUGAGAGCGGAGAAAUCCGUGUGACUGGUUUUAACCAAGAAGUUGACAAGUUUUUCUCUCUGAUCGAGGUUGGCAAGGUCUACUAUGUCUCCAGGGGCUCCCUAAAGAUCGCAAACAAGCAGUACACAUCAGUGAAGAACGACUAUGAAAUGACUCUCAAUGGAGAGUCUACCGUCAUUCCCUGUGAGGACAGCUGCGAUGUUCCCAUGGUGCAGUGUGACUUUGUCUCCAUUGGGGACUUGGAAAACAGAGAAAAGGAUGCCAUUGUUGAUGUGAUUGGAGUAUGUAGAAGUGUGGACGAGGUGACCAAACUCACAACCAAGUCCAACCGGGAAGUAUCUAAGAGAACAUUGAGUCUGAUGGACAUGUCUGGGAAGCUGGUGAACGUCACACUGUGGGGAGAGGAAGCAGAAAAGUUUGACGGCUCUGGACAGCCGAUUGUAGCCAUAAAAGGGGCAAAGCUUUCGGACUAUGGAGGCCGCUCACUUUCUGCAUCCUUCAGCAGCACCAUGAUGAUAAACCCAGAUAUCCCAGAGGCAUACAAGCUCAGAGGCUGGUUCGACAAAGAAGGCCAUGCCAUGGAGGGGCAGUCGCUGACGGAGGUGAGAGGCGGCAGUGGAAAUUACAUGGAAAACUGGAAGACACUGGCUGAUGUUAAGUCGGAGCAUCUUGGACACGGCGACAAGGCUGACUACUAUUCCUGCAUAGCCACCAUAGUUUUUCUGCGCAAGGAGAACUGCCUUUAUCAGGCCUGCCCAAGCCAGGACUGCAACAAAAAAGUGAUUGACCAACAGAAUGGCAUGUUCCGCUGUGAGAAGUGUGAUAAAGAGUUUCCCAACUUCAAGUACCGCCUCAUUCUAUCUGCCAACAUUGCGGAUUAUGGCGACAACCAGUGGGUAACUUGCUUCCAGGAGAGUGCAGAGGCCAUUCUGGGCCAGAAUGCAGCUUACUUGGGCCAGCUCAAGGACUCUAAUGAAUCAGCAUUUGAUGAGAUCUUUCAGCAUGCAAAUUUCAACACGUUCGUCUUCCGCAACAGAGUGAAGCUGGAAACGUAUAAUGACGAAUCCAGGAUCAAAGCCACAGUGAUGGACGUGAAGCCUGUUGACCACAGAGAGUACAGCAAGAGGCUGAUCAUGAACAUACGGAAACUUGGCGCCAAGUAGAAACUUGAUGGGUGCAGAUAUUUUAUUCUGCACCACCUGUACAGACAACCAGCUCUAUGUGUUUUUCUAUCUAUACUGUUAUAAAACAGUUGAUUUUGUUUCAUUUCUUCAGCUAAAGUAACUUAACUGUCUUCAAAAUAGUCCUUGGUUUGAUUGACUGUUUUCCUUCUGUAAAAACAAAAUCACUUUUGCCUCUUUUUGUCAUUUAAUAUAAAGUGGGAGCACAUAGAGUAGGUCAGUAAGCCAUGAGCAGGAGUGUUUUAAGUCAUCAACUCUUUGUGUGUAUAUUGUGGGGACGGUGGGUGGCUGUCUUUAAGCAUAGACCAGCACAGUUGCUAGUACUUUUUCACCCUCUGAUGCACUUACAUAUGCCUUGGCUGGAGCUGCAAGCUCCUGAUAAGAACAUUUAUUCUCCCCGUCUUCUUUUUCUUCUUUUUUUUUGUGUACAAUUUCUCACUAGCACAUGGGUAAUGCAGACCUUAUGGAGAAUGUGCUUUAUUUUUAGUUAAUAAAAUGUAUGUUGUCUUGUGGUUCUUUUUGUGAAAACUAAGUGCAAAAAUAAAAAGUUUGGAAUCAA